AUGUUGUGGAUCGUUCUACUCUUCGCUAGCGUCACAGCAGAUCUUUGGACGGAAACUGAUCGUAUUAGUGAUUUGCAACAAUUUCGCGCAUUAUGUGGACGUUAUACAGUAGCCAGAGCAUAUAUGGAGGACAGCAAUGCAAGGAUUACUGUAUUCGCCCCGGUAGAUGACGUGUUCACCUAUAAUCCAGAUAUUCGAGCAUUGGAUCAAAAAGAGACACUUAGUCAUAUAGUUGACACUCAAGUGGUGGAAAUUUCGCAAGGAAAACGAUGGGAAAAGCAAACAUUGAUUCGAUCUACCAUAAAUAGUGGAUAUAUCUAUAUAACGCAGUUCGAGAAUAAUCCAGGGAAUUUUUCAUAUUUUGCUAAUGCUGGAAUGCUUUGUAACCAUGCCACAAAUCAAUGGGGAAUGAUUUCUGGAGAACAGUACCUGUACAAAAUCUGCACACCAAUCGGACAUCGACCGUAUCCGGGGACUGCAUUGUCGUACAUUCGAGACAGUGAUCAGACGUUGUUCGUCGAUCGGCAGUAUGACAAUAGCGAGCUCACAGAGCUGCGCGAUAUUCUCAAUCGUGUUCCCGACAUCGCUUUAGUGAUCUACGGUAGUUCAGCAUGGAACGGCUUCCACACAUUUUUUCUCCCUAACGAUAAAGCUUUUGCUAAGGUCAUUGAUAGAAAUCGCAUUGACCGUGAAGUGCUCUUAGCCCAUGUUACUGGCAUGAACAGGGUGCUCUUCACUUAUGCGUGGAUGUAUGAUUUUGGCAUUCACUACUAUCCUUCGAUAAGGUUUUCCUCAAAUAUCAUCGAAGACAAUUUCAAGUUGAAGCUUUCUAUGCGAAAUAUCACCGACAGGAGAACAGGGAGAUGGGAUUUGUUUGCCGUUUCGGAGGUAUAUGAACGCUACUCCCAAUUUCGACGUGGAGCUGUUUGGGCUAAAAUCCUUGUUCCAAAUAUUCCCGUCCAAAAUGGUGUUGUACAUAUUAUUGAUAAUGUGCUUGGUAUAGUAUCGAACACAAUCGAUCAGCUUGUCAUGGAAAACUAUCGCUGCAGAACUUUGAUGCGAUAUAUCAAUACUAUAGGGCAAAUUGUUAGGAAUUACUUCUCAGCUACAGGUGGAUUGGUCACAUUCUUUGCACCGUAUGAUGAGGCUUUCGAGAGAAUACCGGAGCAGAUAGAGCGCCGAUUGCUUAGGGAUCGAAUAUGGCUUGAGCAGGUGCUCAAAUUGCACAUUGUCCCUGCGAAAGAACUAACUUCGGACGAGAUUACCAAUGAGACAAUUGUCUCCACUGUGGAUAACAUUCGCCAACUAUACUUUAUCAAAGGAGAAUGGCCGAAAAACAAUAUUACGUAUUAUGUCAUUGGUGGUGGCAUCAAAACAGCGAUUAUCCAGGAUAACGUAGCCGCUACGAACGGUAUCGUCCAUUACAUUGAACGGGUACUCGGUGUACCGUAUCAGUCACUAUGGGAGAUCUUAAGGAACGAAACACGACUACAGAGAUCAUAUGAAAUGUUGAGAAAUCUACAAUUACGAUAUGCUCUUGAUCCUUGGCAAGUGUUGACCCCAGAACAGAACUUCACCUUUUUUGUUGCUCCAUCUUUACGAGCUCGCAUGAAUGACGGAAAUCAUUGGUUGGCGCUACAAUAUGUCUUUAAACGACAUAUCAUUCAAGGACAGGUCAGCUUUUCAUUGAUUUUCAUUGUAAAUGUUUACAUUUCACCAUUCCAGGCCUUGAUGUAUACUGAUCUUCGAGAAAGAACGUAUGUAAUGAUGAAUGAUGAGAAAGUUGCUCCAUCUUUACGAGCUCGCAUGAAUGACGGAAAUCAUUGGUUGGCCCUACAAUAUGUCUUUAAACGACAUAUCAUACAAGGACAGGCUUUGAUGUAUACUGAUCUUCGCGAAAGAACGUACGUAAUGAUGAAUGAUGAGAAAGUAGUGAUCAGGAGAAGAGGGCGAUAUUUUGAACUGUACUGGCCCCGCGGUGGUCGUGUAGCGCGAGUGAUCGAAGGCGGUGAGAUCGCUGGCAUCAAUGGAUUCAUGCAUAUGAUUGAGGAUGUGCUGAUAUAUGAGCCGGAUCUUCGAGCGCAUGGCGGUUUUGUGGAAGUGCUCAGUUGGCAGCUUGCAAUGGUGCUAAUAUUCAUGUUCUGGAGGCCUGGUAUUGCCUAA